AUGGCACUGCAAUGGGAGCACGUCGCGGGACCAUUCAGCCGUUUGACCGAGGGGCCGGCUUGGGAUGGCGCCCGGAUGCUUUUCACCUACAUCCCAGCCAGCCGGAUCAUGGCCUACAAUCCCGAAUCCGGCGAAUGCAGCAUUUAUCGGGAGAAUACCAACCAUACCAACGGCCUGGCGUUCGACGCCGAAGGCCGCCUGUACGGUUGCUGCUCGGGCGGACGCUCCAUCGUUCGCUUCGAAUCCGAUGGCAGCACUACCACCAUUGUUGAUCGCCUGGACGGACAGCGCCUCAACACGCCCAACGACCUCGCCAUCGACCGGCAGGGGCGCAUCUGGUUCAGUAACCCCUGGAACGCUGGCAACACCGACCCCAGCGAACAGCAGGAGAUCGCGAACCGCGACAUCCUGCGCGCCGACCCCCAACCCGAUGGCAGCUACACGUGCCAGCGCAUGACCUUCGACACCACCGGAACCAACGGCCUUCUCGUCUCCCCCGAUGAGCGUAGCUUGUACAUCAUCCAGACCGACGCCGAUCCCGGUGGAGUGAGAGAACUGCGUUCUUACCCAAUCAAUGAUGACGGGACGCUGGGCCAGUACAUCGUGCUGCAUCAAUUCGGCGACGACCAUCGCGGCCCACAACGCGGCAUCGACGGCAUGUGUCUAGAUUCGGAAGGAAACAUCGUGGGGAGCGCCGGCAACUAUGCGAGCGGCCCGGGGCCAAUGAUUUACGUCUGGACUCCUCAAGGUCGCGUCCUGGAAACGUAUCCCAUGCCGGUGGGAGUCGAUAUGCCAACCAACUGUGCGUAUGGCGACGCCGACCAGAGCAGCCUGUAUGUAACGACUCUCGGCGGGCGCCUCCUGCGUUUGCGAAACACCGGCCGCCGCGGAUGGAUAAUGUGGCCGCCGGUUCGCUAG